UCCUGGGGAUGCUCAAAGGCCCUUUGUGAAAUCCUUUUCUGUCCUGCCUGGCUCCUCCUUUCUUCCCAUCCAUCGAACGGACUUAAGGAGGCUCACGCAGCUGGGCAGGGCUCACUGCACUUCAGCAUGGCUUACAUUGCCAAGUCUUUCUACGAUCUCAGUGCCAUCAGCCUGGAUGGGGAGAAGAUAGACUUCAACACGUUCCGAGGCAGGGCUGUGUUGAUUGAGAAUGUGGCGUCACUCUGAGGAACAACUACCCGGGACUACACCCAGCUCAAUGAGCUGCAAUGUCGCUUUCCCAGGCGCUUGGUGGUUCUGGGCUUCCCUUGCAACCAGUUUGGACAUCAGGAGAACUGUCAGAAUGAGGAGAUCCUGAACAGCCUCAAGUACGUCCGCCCUGGGGGUGGGUUCCAGCCCACCUUCAGUCUUACCCAGAAGUGUGAUGUCAAUGGGCAGAACGAGCAUCCUGUCUUUGCCUACCUGAAAGACAAGCUGCCCUACCCUUACGACGACCCAUUCUCCCUCAUGACAGACCCGAAGCUCAUCAUAUGGAGUCCAGUGCGCCGCUCAGAUGUGUCCUGGAACUUUGAGAAAUUCCUCAUAGGGCCAGAAGGGGAGCCCUUCCGCCGCUACAGCCGGACCUUCCAAACCAUCAACAUUGAGCCUGACAUCAAACGGCUCCUCAAAGUUGCCAUCUAGAUGAGGGCGGCUCAGCCUAGGAAUCUCCCAUGGUUCCCCAAGUAGUCUUCCUCAGGGCUCAGUCUACUCUCAGAAGACACUGGGAGACCCAGGCAUUCCCUUAAUGUCACCCCCUUGCCUUCCCUGCCUGCCAUUUCCUUUAGCUCUAUCAAGGCUCUUGAGGAGUUCACUUGGAGCUCUAAGUCUGGAGUAGGUUCUGGGCCUUCACAGAAUGAUGGCACCUUCCUAAACCCUUCUGGGAGGUGUCUGAGAAGUUGUGAAGGGCCCAGAGCCAGCCUGCUUUAAAGUCCAAUAAAGGGUAGGUGUGGCAA